GUCAGGAAGUCAUACCUUUAUUGUGAAAGUGUCAUUGUUUCCGGUAAAAAUCCUCUCAUUAGCCCAAAUAUUGGACAAACAUGAAAAGCAGAUCUUCAUUCACGCGAAAGAAAGCUUUGGAAAGAAAGAACAGUAAGAACUGGAAGGCCGACCUUUGGGUGUGUGAUGGCGCGUGGGAGCGGAGUAGCCCCCUGGUGCUGAGUGACGAUUGAGUCCGGACGAGGGCUGCAGGAACGGGGAGGAAUGUCUCCCGCUGAGCGGCUCCCGGCUACCCUGGACGGCAAAAUAAGCCACUUGGGGCCAAAUAAAGUUGAGAGUGCCAGCACUUUAAUAAAGAAGCUACGUCAGGAGAGGACGAGAGUGACGGGGAGCAUCUAUGCGUCUAUGGAGGCACCGAGAGUGACGCCGAUGGAGGCUCCGUCGGGGGUAUUACCGAACCUUCCCAAGCUGGAGAUAAUGGUGGCAGAGGAGCUGCCUAUCGCGGUGGAAAUGGCGGAACAACAAUGGCACGAUGAGGACACUCGCUCUCUUAUUUUGUGGAGGACCGCCAACGCCUCCUUGUUCACAGGCAGACGUCAUGCAGCUGUCAAUGGCUAUGAGAUGUACAUCGCCAGCCGGGGUCUGGAGGGCAGGGUGACCCCAACCUUCUUAAAGAAGAAGUGGGAGAACCUGAAGCAUCAGUACAAGGCGCAUAAGUACUCCAAACCUGGGGUCAGCAUGGACGGUAGCGAGACCCCCGCCACGUCCUGGAAGUGGUACAAUUUGAUGGACGAAGCCAUCGGGGGCAGGCUGUCCAUGACGCCGCCCAUCUUCAUCGCCUCAUGCUCCCAGGAUUCUAUGGCGGGCGAAGCCGCGUCCAUGCCCACCCCAGAACGCUACGAAGCCGCGGGGUCCGUCCCGAAGAGGCGGCGGGUGGACCUGGGGGACGUGCUGAAGGAAACCAUGGACAAGGACGAGCGCUUCGAGCUGGAGCUGAGGGAGAUGGAAGCCAGGGCCAUAGAGCGGGAGGAGGCCAGGGCGAGGGAGGCGGCGGAGAGGGAGGAGCGGCGCCACCGCGAGGCGGUGGAGCGCGAGGAGACGAGGCACCGCGAGGCGGUGGAGCGCGAGGAGAGGCGGCACCGCGACGCCGUGGAGAGAGAGGAACGCUUCUUCAGAGAGAUGCGGGAGAGAGACGAUAGGAGAGACUCUGCUGCGAGAGAGGAGCGCUUCUUGGCCAUCCUCGAAGCUUUGAUCCAGAAAUAACAAUCUUUGUUGUUUCUACUCGGCCAGUCAAAUGUUCUGUGUCACAUCAAUCAUCUCGUUAUUAUUCAUUACACCUUCACUACGCCACCUUUACACCAGGGACUGAGGGGAGGGCUCGUCUACUACAUGUCUUUUUUUACGCUGCUUGCCUUUUAAUCCCAAAUGUUUUGAGGCUGUCGCUUGGCAAUUCAAAGACUUUCUACAAGCUCGGGCCAUAAUAGAGCCAGCUCCCUCGGGAUCAUUCACAGGCUUCUCCUUGUACUCCUGGGCUAUUGAAUGUUUUUUUCUGGACGUUUUGUGGAUAAUCUGUGGAAAUAAACUUACUGUAAAAUGACGGACUGUCCCUGCCCCGGAGUUGUGUGUCAUCCAGAGAAUGACAUUUUGCUCAAAAAGGUUCAUUAUGUCUUCUUCUUCAUAUACUUUUUCAAAUGUUCUUGUAAUCAGACCAUAUUUUCAGUAUACUACCGUAUUUUUCGGACUAUAAGUCGCAGUUUUUUCAUAGUGCGACUUAUACUCAGGAGCCACUUAUGUGUGAAAUGAUUA